AGUUUGUCCGCUGCGGGGCACCGUAGUGGCUUUAUCCAGGGCGGAGCGGGCUGAGCUGGGCUGGGCGCUGGAGCCCAGUUCAGCUUUGGAGACCCCGAUGGCUGCGGUGUUUUUGGUAACGCUCUACGAGUACUCGCCGCUUUUCUACAUCGCGGUGGUCUUUACCUGCUUCAUCGUGACCACCGGCCUGGUAUUGGGAUGGUUUGGUUGGGAUGUUCCAGUAAUUCUGAGAAAUUCUGAAGAGACCCAGUUCAAAACAAGAGUUUUCAAAAAGCAAAUGAGACAAGUCAAGAAUCCUUUUGGCUUAGAGAUCGCUAAUCCAUCUUCAGCUUCGAUUUCAACUGGCAUAACUUUGACAACAGAUUGCCUUGAAGAUAGCCUCCUCACAUGCUACUGGGGGUGCAGUGUUCAAAAAUUGUACGAGGCUCUGCAGAAGCACGUUUAUUGCUUCCGAAUAAGCACUCCCCAAGCACUGGAAGAUGCUUUGUAUAGCGAAUAUCUCCAUCGAGAACAGUAUUUUAUUAAAAAGGACAGCAAAGAAGAAAUAUAUUGCCAGUUACCAAAAGAUACUAACAUUGAAGACUUUGGGACAGUGCCCAGAUCUCGCUAUCCAUUGGUAGCACUGUUGACCCUAGCUGAUGAGGAUGACCGAGAAAUUUAUGAUAUUAUUUCCAUGGUGUCAGUAAUUCAUAUUCCUGAUAAAACUUAUAAACUGUCCUGUAGAAUAUUAUGUCAAUAUUUACUCCCGACUCAAGGUCAAUUUCAUGAUCUUAAGCAACUUUACAUGUCUGCAAAUAAUAAUGCCACUCCUCCCAGCAAUUCCUCUCCAGACGGUGAAAGCACAGACCGCAGCUUGUUGGAAAAGGCUGGACUUUCUGAAAGUGACGUAGAGCCUCCGGAGGAGAGUAGCAAGGACUGUGUUGUUUGCCAGAACGGGACUGUGAACUGGGUGCUCCUGCCCUGCAGGCACACGUGCUUGUGCGAUGGCUGUGUGAGGUAUUUCCAGCGGUGCCCCAUGUGCAGGCAGUUCGUUCAGGAGUCGUUUGCACUUCGCAGUCAAAAGGAGCAAGAUAAAGACAAACUGAAAACUCUCUGAGGAUGUUGUUACAACUGAAAAGUACAAUUACCACUCAAGACGCAGAAGUUUGUGUUCUUGGAAUUAAUCAUAACAUGGAAUGUACGGUGUUGACUGUCAAUGACAAUUCUAUUUUAACUUCAUAUUUGUACGGUACCUGGAUGAUGAAACUUAAUUAUUCCGUCCUGUUCCAUAUGGUAAAUGCUGGAAUACCAUCUGUGUUAUACAUAAAAAUGCAUUCAGCUCUCGAGAAGAAAGCAAAUGUCUGGCCUUUUAUCAGCUAUGGGAUUUCAUGUAAUAUUAAUUAGAAAAUUUCCAAAAAAGCAAUCCAUCUCAAAUUUGAGUAAGUAAAAGUCUUUUUCUGAAUGUU